GAAUCAACUUGGAGCUUCAGUCUCGUUCCGCGACAUUCGUUCUUUUGCUUUCAUCCGGCAAGCUGUGAAGUUGGUUGAUUUCAAUUCUCUGAUUUAUAUUAAAAUAAAAGGAAAUUUGACUCAAACAUGGGCAAGGAAAAGGUUCAUAUUAACAUUGUCGUCAUCGGGCACGUCGAUUCCGGUAAAUCUACCACAACUGGUCAUUUGAUCUACAAAUGCGGCGGUAUCGACAAGCGUACCAUCGAGAAAUUCGAGAAGGAAGCCCAAGAAAUGGGCAAGGGCUCCUUCAAAUACGCGUGGGUUUUGGAUAAAUUGAAGGCCGAACGUGAACGUGGUAUUACCAUCGAUAUUGCCUUGUGGAAAUUCGAAACAAGCAAAUACUACGUCACCAUUAUCGACGCCCCGGGCCAUCGUGAUUUCAUCAAGAACAUGAUUACAGGAACUUCCCAAGCUGAUUGCGCCGUCUUGAUCGUCGCUGCCGGAACCGGUGAAUUCGAAGCCGGUAUCUCGAAGAACGGUCAAACGCGUGAACACGCCUUGCUCGCCUUCACGUUGGGUGUCAAGCAAUUGAUUGUUGGCGUCAACAAGAUGGAUUCGACUGAGCCGCCAUACAGCGAAGCCCGUUUCGAGGAAAUCAAGAAGGAAGUCUCCUCGUACAUCAAGAAGAUCGGUUACAAUCCAGCUGCCGUCGCCUUCGUGCCCAUUUCCGGAUGGCAUGGCGACAACAUGUUGGAAGUUUCCACAAAGAUGCCUUGGUUCAAGGGAUGGAACGUUGAACGCAAAGAAGGAAAGGCCGAUGGCAAGUGCUUGAUCGAAGCUUUGGAUGCUAUCCUUCCUCCUCAACGCCCUACCGACAAACCAUUGCGUUUGCCUUUGCAAGAUGUCUACAAAAUCGGCGGUAUUGGAACAGUACCUGUUGGUCGUGUCGAAACUGGUGUCUUGAAACCCGGCAUGGUUGUUGUCUUCGCUCCCGUUAACUUGACCACUGAAGUCAAAUCCGUUGAGAUGCAUCACGAAGCUUUGCAAGAAGCCGUGCCCGGAGACAAUGUUGGUUUCAACGUUAAGAACGUCUCUGUCAAGGAAUUGCGUCGUGGAUACGUUGCUGGAGAUACCAAGGCCUCUCCUCCCAAGGGAGCUGCUGACUUCACCGCUCAAGUCAUUGUCUUGAACCAUCCCGGACAAAUCUCCAACGGAUACACGCCCGUCUUGGAUUGUCACACAGCUCACAUUGCCUGCAAAUUCUCAGAAAUCAAGGAGAAGGUCGAUCGUCGUACCGGUAAAUCCGUCGAAGACAAUCCAAAAUCCAUCAAGUCGGGCGAUGCUGCGAUCGUCAUCUUGGUGCCAAGCAAGCCAUUGUGCGUUGAAUCUUUCCAAGAAUUCCCCCCAUUGGGUCGUUUCGCUGUGCGUGAUAUGAGACAAACUGUCGCUGUCGGCGUCAUCAAGAGUGUCAACUUCAAGGAUGCCAGCGGAGGCAAGGUCACCAAGGCUGCCGAAAAGGCACAAAAGGCCAAGAAAUAGCUACGUAUUACGCAAAUUCUCCAACAUCAAAUGCAAAUUACCGCAAAGUUCAACGUUGCAACAUUUUGUUUUCCGUCAUCAAUUGUGCUCGCUACUAAUAAUGAGCUUUAUAUGCAUCGUAAGGAAUUCAGGAGGAAAAAGCAUUCCGCAUUUUAAUUCAAUAGUUUAACACAUUUAUUAAUUCCGAUUUGCAUUCCAACACUAUUACAGAAAAAAAAAACAUAUUUUUUAUGAUCAAAUAAAAUAUAUAAUAACCUUUCGAUAGCAUAUAAA